UCCUCUGCUAAAGUUAGGGAGAGAGUGAGAGACAAAACCCCACACGCAUUAAAAAGAAAAAGUUUAUAAUCGCAGUCAUAACAGGAGAAUCCUUCCCCCUCCCUCUCCUCCUUCCCUCUUGGCGGCAGCUUCUGAUGUGAGCCCAUUUUUCCAAAUUUGGGAUUUGUUGUUAAGAGGGGGGGAAACAAAUCACUGCUGGGAUCCAGGCAGAUUUUGGAAUUGUGGAAGAUCCCCAAAAAUGUCUGAUUCUACAGUAAAUGCACACCUGGAAGGCAUUAUAUCUGAUUUUGAAGCAUUGAAGAGGUCAUUUGAGGUCGAGGAGGUUGACCAAUCUUCGAACCCCUCUGUCCAACCACGCAGAACACCAAACCCACUGUUGAGAGGUGCAGCAUCUGCUGCCCAGAAAUUCCAGGAAUCAAGCCCCCGAAAUGCAGAGGCACUCCUGAGACAUGCAGACAUUAGCGGUCAGAGAUCUCCCAAAUCAUCACUAAAACGAAUUGAGUUAACUGGAUCCCGGCACCCAGAACCCAUGUCAAGACGAACAGAGAUCUCCAUCGACAUUUCAUCCAAACAGGUCGAAAAUUCUGCUCCAGCAAUGUCAAGGUUUGGUUUGAAGAGGGCAGAACUACCUGGACAUAAACCUCCGGAGCCCAUUCCAAGAAGAGCAGAGAUCACUCUGGGGAAGGCUCAUGAGCUCCGUGGAGAAUCUCCGGGCUCUAAGAUUCCUGAGCUUCCUCAAAGAAGAGUAGAAGAAUCUAAUGCCAAACGGGUUGAGAUCCAGGUACCUAAAUCCCCAGAGGUCCUCCCAGUUAAACAGAUGGAAAACUCAAUCCCAUCAUCCGCUGUGCUUCACCACCAACCUGAGAUUAAACCACAACCUGUCCAGAUAGAGAUUCAGCAGAGAACCCCAGAGGUUGUUGAGGAUACUCACCCAUACACCGCCAACAUGACAGACGUGAUCAGGGACGUAGGGGUCAAACAAGCCAUUCCUACCCGUGGUGUUGGAGAAAAGCCAGCCACAGAUUUCGGAUAUGUGGGGAUAGAUGCCAUUUUAGAACAAAUGAGGAAAAAAGCCAUGAAGCAAGGUUUCGAGCUGAAUAUCAUGGUAGUCGGUCAGAGUGGUCUUGGAAAAUCUACAUUAAUAAACACACUCUUCAAAUCCAAGGUCAGCAGGAAAUCGGUGCAGCCAACAUCUGAAGAGCGAAUUCCCAAAACUAUAGAGAUUAAAAGUGUCGCUCAUGAAAUUGAAGAAAAAGGAGUGCGGAUGAAGCUGACGGUCAUUGACACGCCUGGCUUUGGAGACCACAUAAAUAACGAGAACUGCUGGCUGCCUAUUAUGAAGUUCAUUAAUGAUCAAUACGAGAAGUAUCUACAGGAGGAAUUAAACAUCAACCGCAAGAAGCGAAUUCCUGACUCCAGAGUCCACUGCUGUAUAUACUUUAUCCCAGCCACAGGGCACUCACUCCGGCCCUUGGACAUCGAGUUCAUGAGACGCCUGAGCAAGGUGGUGAAUAUUGUACCAGUCAUUGCCAAAGCUGACACUUUAACCCUAGAAGAGAGGGAUUAUUUCAAGCAGAGAAUCCGUGCUGAUCUCCAGAACAAUGGUAUAGAUAUCUAUCCACAGAAGGAGUUUGAUGAGGAUGCAGAAGAUAGGCUGGUGAAUGAGAAGAUCAGAGAAAUGAUUCCAUUUGCUGUGGUAGGCAGUGACCAAGAAUACCAGAUCAAUGGCAGACGGAUUCUGGGCCGGAAAACCAAGUGGGGUACCAUUGAAGUAAACUGGUUGAUAUGGGGCAUGACCUCUUCUGUGGAAAACAUAGGUCAUUGUGAAUUUGCCUGCCUACGAGAUCUUCUGAUAAGGACGCACAUGCAGAAUAUCAAAGACAUAACCAGCAGUAUUCACUUUGAGGCAUAUCGUGUCAAGAGGCUUCAGGAAGGAAAUGUGUUCUCGAAUGGCACAGGGGAAAAAGACUACUCCUCCAAUGAGAUUUAAUUCUGAGACCAAGCACCCCCUUGUGGUCAUCCUGUCUUUCAGUUUUUAUUUUUUGUUUGUGUCUUCUGGUCCCGAUUUAUUGUGCGAGAGGAAAAUCGAGGAAAAGGAUCAGGAAGGCUAGCCCAUUAAUUUUCUAAGUCUGAUUCUGCCUGGUGUUUGAUCAGCAAGGAUGUGCCAUAGAAGGAGGACGUGGUGACGCAGUUAGAGGAAGUGGAAAUUUAGGGACACACGUACCCACUAACUUCUGCAUCUGUCCCUUUCUUUAUAUGGGAAUAUGAAUUCUUCAUCCCAUUCCUUGGCAUGUGGACCUUCACAAUAGCCACAUUUUAUUUCAUUGUUAAUAUUUCUAAGAACAUGAAAAAUCACCAAUAUAAUAAAAUAAACCCCUCAGAGAUACUA